AUGUUCACUAUAAAAUGUGGACACGAGGCUUGGGAAUCAACAUCGACUUCAAACCAUCUACUCGAUCCGCUUUUAGCUCCAAUCUCAAAAGCAUCAACUAACAUGUACUCCGGCAAGUAUUCGACUUCCACCCUCUUCUUCAUCUUCGCCCUCUUCGGUUCCACUACAGCUCUCAAUUGCACUUCAUCGCUGGGACCAUGCUUUGCCAACGUCAGCUGCGUCGGCGUCAGUACCACUCAGGGCACAGUCUGCACGGCUAAUGGAUGCUGCGCGGGUGCAAAUCUUAUUGACGGCACGGCCACGUCGUUCACAUGCUCUGGAGGGGCUAUUGGACCUUGUAACGCUGGAGCUUGCCCAGCCUCGACCGAUACGGCUUGCGUCGGAACCCAAAUCGAUGGAGUGGGACAAUGUUGUCCUGGAUCUGGAAUCGUUGCUGUUACCACGACUACAUCUACAACAACUGCCACCACAACCUAUUGCGUCGAUCUCCUGAACCCGGUCACCGGAGUCUCGGACUGCCCCAAGCGCGCCUACCUCUGCGCCGACUCCACCUACUAUUCGGUGAUGGCCGUCCAGUGCAGGAAGACGUGCGGAUUCUGCGCUACUACCUCGUCCUCAUCAACUACAUGCGUCGACCAGGUCAACGCCUACACUGGAGUCUCGGACUGUUCUUCCUUGAGCUACCUGUGCUCGAGCCCAACUUAUGCCACUCUGAUGGCCACCCAGUGCUGCGCCACCUGCUCGAGCUACGGAAAA